AUGAUCCUGGAGGGGGGAGAAAAAAAAAAAAAGUUGCCCCAGCGAAAUGAACACAGGAGAAUAAAACACCGCAGCGACACUUUUCUCAGUUAAUUCACGGGGGGAACAGUCGUGCGUGACACAACUUCUCUCGCGGGGGGAAGCGAUGUAGAGUCACGCCGACGCAUUCGGCUCCGGCGUCCGUUCCCCGCAAAGGUCCCCAUUGAGUAACAAUCUGCAAAGAAAUGCCGUCACCACAAGUCCUCCAGCCGGUGCUUAAGAUGAAGGUGGACGAGCUCUUCCUCAACUGGUUGAGUGAUCCUGCGACCCAGUCGCUACUCAAAGACUACCUUGACCUAAUCAAGAGUGGACAAGGCGUUGAUUUGAACGGUGCCCAGGACAAAAGGUCCCAGAGCUUAAAGGAGAACAACAACGUGGCGUCGCAGAGGAACCUGGCGGAGAAGAAGCCCGCUGCCCUCGGUACUCCCUCCAGCCCUCCGUCGACCAGCACCCUGCCCUCCGGCAGUGGCAGCAACACCAGAGUGACGGGGCCCCACGGCAGAGUGCUGCGGAGGUCUGUCAGCACGAAAAAGGCCCAGGUGAGGAGCGAGGAGCCUGUCACCACCGCGCUCAGUGAAAGCAUUCCAAAGUUCUACUUCCCACUGGGCCGGCCCCAAGCCAACCUCAACAUCGACAGCCUCAUUUCCAAAAUUGAGAAAACAUUUUCCCAAUUCCCAAAUGAAAGGGCCACCAUUGAGGACAUGGGGCAGGUUGCCAAGGCCUGUGAGUGCCCUCUCUAUUGGAAAGCGCCAUUGUUCAACUCGGCUGGAGGCGACAGGACGGGCUUCGUGUCCGUCCACAAGUUCGUGGCUAUGUGGAGAAAAAUGCUGCAGACCUGUCACAAUGACGCUUCUAAAUUUGUGCACCUCUUGGCCAAGCCUGGCUGUAAUUACCUGGAACAAGACGACUUUAUUCCAUUCCUGCAGGAUGUGGUGAACUCACAUGCAGGCCUGGCCUUUCUGAAGGAGGCACCGGACUUUCACUCGCGAUACAUCACCACGGUGAUUCAGAGGAUAUUUUACAAUGUGAACCGGUCGUGGACUGGAAAAAUAACAUGUCACGAGCUCAGGAAAAGUAACUUUCUUCAGAAUGUGUUGUUGCUGGAGCAGGAAGAAGACGUGAACCAGCUGACGGAGUUUUUCUCCUACGAACAUUUCUACGUCAUCUACUGCAAGUUCUGGGAGCUGGACAGAGACCACGACCUCUACAUCGACCAGACGGACCUGGCACGGCACAGUGACCAAACCGUGUCGCAUAAGAUGAUUGAGAGAAUUUUCUCAGGAACAGUAACAAGGGACAGACGAGUGUACAAGGAGGGCCGGCUGAGUUACGCCGAUUUCGUCUGGUUCCUCAUCUCUGAGGAAGACAAGAAGACUGACACCAGUAUCGAGUACUGGUUCCGCUGCAUGGACCUGGACGGGGACGGCGUGCUCAGCAUGUACGAGCUGGAGUACUUCUACGAGGAGCAGUGUCAGAAGCUGGAGAGCAACGGCAUCGAGCCCCUGCCCUUCGAGGACUGCCUCUGCCAAAUGCUCGACCUUGUCAAGCCCGAAGUCCAAGGUAAGAUCACGCUGCGGGACCUGAAGAGGUGCAAGCUGUCCCACAUCUUCUUCGACACGUUCUUCAACUACGAGAAAUACCUGGACCACGAGCAGAAGGACCCCUUCUCUGUUGUAAGGGAGGUGGAGACCGACGGACAGGAAGCUUCGGACUGGGAGAAGUACGCUGCGGAGGAGUACGACAUCCUGGUGGCGGAGGAGGCUGCCAACGAUCCGUGCAACGACGUGUAUGAAAAUCCUUUGAGUCCGUUGGGGCAGCACAUCUCCAGCGAGCUGGGUCUGACAAAGGGACACUUCUUCCAGAUCCCCAGUCCUCACUGCAACCUGGACCUGGACGAGUAUGAGUACGAGGACGACUUCGAAUGACCCCGAGCUUCCCCGGACACGGAUCUCGAAGCGGUGGCGGCGGCAGGACACGGGAGGGAAUCACAGGAGAAUCAUGGGAGGCCGGAGAUCUGCAGGUUCAGGCCCAGUUGCUGUCCUGCACACGAGUACACACUUAAAAACCAAACCGAGCAAAAGCAGAAGUCACAGCCGGGGCGGUGGUGGGGGUCGGAUGUACUGGAGGGACGGACACGUGACACCUCACAACUUAUUCUCACCUGUUAUUUAAAAAAAACAACAACACCACAGUUGAACCAUUGAGACCUUUGACCCCUCUUAACAUUUUCAAACGGGACAAGUUGUGUUCUGCAUCAUGAACAGUAACACUUUGUACAAAUAACCUUUUAUCCGAACACCAGUUUUUUCAAGUUCAUAUGAGCCUACGUCACUUUCUUCACACACACACACACACACACACACACACACACACACACACACACACACACCACACACACACUGGGGGCGCCAUGGAAACCACGUUGAUCUGCUUCAAGUUUUUGAAACAAAUUAUCAUCCGGAGUCAUUUGGCAAAUUUUUUACAUUCCAGUGAUCAUAACUGAAUGUUUUCUACGAGGCUGUAAAUUAAUUCAUGGGUCGUUUUGCUGUAAAUGUUAAAAACAAGACGCCGAGUUCACACAUACACACACACACACUCUCACUGUAUGUUGUACAGGUUUGUAUUCGUCAUGACAUGGACUUACUUUGUGUGUGAGAUGGAGUUAUAAUUUAUUAGAGAUGGAUUUAUAAAUAAGUGUAAAUAUGUAUUUGGUGCCGUGCAGUGUUGUAAAUGAUUUGGGCAAAAAGUGUUUUAGACGAAAUUCUUUUUUUCUAUGUUAUCAAGUACUACGUUUGUACUUUGACAGAAAACAAAAGGAACCAAUUUUAAAAAAUGUUUUGUUUUGUUUCUUUAAAAAUAAUAAAGCCUUUGGUUAAUGGAAAAGUAAAGAAAACAGACCCUGCAGUUUAAUUUAUUUUUUAAAAACAUUUUUUUUUUAAUAUGUUCAAUAUGGAUUUUACAUUUCAAUAAGAUGAUGGUCUGUCACCGAACAGUAUUUGCUGCUUCUGCUGCUGCUGAACACAACGUGUUAAAAUAUAAAGGGGAAUUAAAUGUUUAGGGGGGUUCUUUAAAUUUAUGUGUAAAGGUGUAAAAAUGUAAAAAAAAAUAUAUUGCUCCUUGGGGACAUUUUUUUGUUUGGAUUAUACUUUUUUUACAGCAACAUGAGUUGAACCGCACAUUUCCUAUAAGGAGCAGUAAUAAAAUGUCAGGUAGAGAAGACAGAAUAGACAAAAAUAAAUAAUAAAUAUUGCACACAAGUUUAAUCCAAAAGAAAACGUAAAAAACGAUGGAUCAUUUAGUGUCACUUGUGACGUUCAAGUGCAGUCGAGAGUAAAGCUCUAAAUAAAAAAAAUCUUGACAUACUGACAGUUGUUCCUCAAAUUAAAUAUGUACUUGGACAUUAUUUGAAGAAUAAGUCUGGUGUUAUUCUUUUUUAUAUAUAUAUAUAUAUAUAUAUAUAUAUA